UGUGACCGUUGUGCUCGUCGCCGCUUCGCCCCCCCACCCCCUGUUCCCCCUCCACUCCGCCUCCUUCCUAUUCGGCGGUGCGGCUCCCUUCCCUAUAAACCCCGCCGGCACCGCACUGGAGGAAUCCCCCCACAAUCCCCAAUCCCCGUCGCUCGCUUCCCGCCGUCCGGAUAGCUAUGGCCACCGCCGUAUCCACCCCCGUUGACCUGUCGCCGGCGCCGGCGCCGGCCCCGGCACCGAGACGGCGUGGCCGGCCGCCGAAGAACCCGGCCCCCGCCGAGGCGCCGGGCAGCAGCCCGGUGUCCCCGCUGGCUGCGGCGGCAUCGGAGGCAGACGCGGGCGGGGAGUACGAGCGGCAGAGGGCCGCGAGGAUCCGGGAGAACAUGGAGCGGAUGCAGAAGCUCGGCAUCCUCGACCUCGCGCACACCCUCAGCCAGUCCGCCGCCGCCUCGGGCAGUGGGGGGCGGCGGCGACGGAAGCCCGUGGAGCAGGGGUCCGUUGACGCGGCCAGGGUGAAGCCCUCGCCGCCGCCGCCCUCGCGGAGGUCGCUCAGGUUGAAGGACGUGGAACCAGUAAGCUAUUGUGAAAUUGAGCCAAAGAAAGAGGAACACUCUGAAGAUGGCAAAACAAUGGUAAUAGAGGUAGGAGCAAAGGAAGAAAUAUACACUGAAGAGCAUGACAAGCUCUUGGGUACAUGCAACACUCCUUGGACUCUCUUUGUCGAUGGCUAUGGCAAAGAUGGAAAGCGCAUCUAUGAUCAAGUGAGGGGCCAAACCUGUCACCAGUGCCGACAGAAAACUCUUGGUCAUCAUACAAGCUGCUGUAAAUGCCAGAUUGUCCAAGGGCAGUUCUGUGGAGAUUGUCUGUAUAUGAGGUAUGGUGAGAAUGUGUUAGAAGUUAAAAAGAAUCCUAAUUGGAUAUGUCCAGUUUGCCGUGGCAUCUGUAAUUGCAGUAUAUGCAGAACUAAGAAAGGAUGGUUCCCUACUGGUGCUGCGUAUCGCAAGGUGGUUGGACUUGGGUACAAAUCUGUGGCACACUUUUUAAUUGCAACACAUCGAGCCUCAUCAGUUAACCCAGAGGAUUCAAGCUCAGCUGACAAAAAGAAGUUGCUGUCUGCUAAAUCUGAAACCUCGUGCAUUUCUGAUCAUGAUGGCCUGGAUGCCAAUGAGAAUCCAGAGGAUGGAGAAACGAGCAGCAAAGCUAAGCUGAACAAAUCAACUCACUGCCAAGUGAAGAGUUCUGAUGGUGACAAAGAUGAUAGCAGAAGCGUGGUGACAUCUGAUUGCCAGGAUGAUGAAGCCAACAAGGAUGCUGGGUGUGUCACUCCAUCUUCUAAGCCAAUGUCAAGGAAGAGGAAGUACGUUGAACGAAGCCCUGACUGCAUCGCAAGCAGGCUGCGGUCACGGCUCAACAUGCCAUGAGCACAUGACCAGUGAUCAGGUUCAUGGAUCUCUUUUGCUGCACUACUGCAGGCUCAGCCCCUUUUGCGAUGAAGUUCUGGCUCUUUUCACUUACAAGCAGUUCAUGGCAUGUGAGUGAAGAUGUUUAGUUUCAGCAGGUGAUCGUCGCGGCAGUGUUUUGCAUAGCUAUGUAUUUAUGGCAUUAGUGCCAAUAGUUGAUUGUAGAUUUGUUGUGCUAGUAUCUGAUGUGAGGUGUUGCGGUAGCCUGCAGUUUAAUGUACAAUUCAUGUUAUUUGAGUGAAGAUGAUUCCUAGAAAUA